AUGGAUGAUUCUAUAUGUAUUGACAAUGAUAUUGACAAUGACGAGCUGACCGUCCAAUUCUGGCUCUCGUGCUCGACUUUGCUGUCAUCGGCGAGAUGCGAGCCUGCGGGUAUCGUCAAGGACCACCAACUAAUCUUGAUGACGCCGAACCUGCUUGCCAAGUGUCCGCAGCUCGUCGAAACAACCCCUCAUGGUAGUCAUGGUCGAGUCCUUCUCAGGGUUCGUGUAGAGGGCAUGGACACGGGGAAAGAGGACAGUAGUGAUUUCUCGGACGAACAGGAAGUUCUCCCCUUCAAGGAGGUUGACCCCUUUCCCGAACUUCACAACAAAGUGCCCGAAUCUCCGGUGGAUCUUUGGGGUUCUAGCUUUGAGCAAUACAUCGAUAUAGGCAGGAGUUUCGAUUUGCACUUCACUUUAAUGACCAGAGUCAUCGACUGGAUGAUCUCGGUAUCGACGUAA